UCAUUUUGGUCCAGAAAAACACGGAGACUCUCUCUCUCUCUCUCUCUCUGUCUGACACCUACCACAAGCGCAGGCAGACAUAAACCUUUGCGAAGCGAAUCCGGUUGCAGCACGACCAUCUUCAACCACGUCUCGCGAGGCGACAAGUCCCCCAGCGCACGACGACCUCCUCCUCCUCCUCGUCAUCUCGCCUUCUUGUUCGUGUUCGUCUUCCGCCAAUCUUGAUCCCGGCUCCGUCCUCUGUUUCUCAUGUCGCUUGCGGCUGCCUCCUCCCUCGCCUUCGGUUCGUCACGUUACAAUCUGGGCCAUUCGGAAUGCUCGACGUCUUGUGGAAUCGCGAGCACGAGCAGCUGGAUGAAACAUUCCCUCGACGGGCGAAGGUCUGUAGAUUUUUCUUCUAUGAGAUCACUACCCUUCCAGUGGCUGCCAAUAGGAAAUGAGCUCUGCCUUUCGAGGAUUUCAGUUGCUGCUGAUUACUCUGAUUCUCUUCCUGAUUCAUCUAAUUACAUAAGCGACCAGGGCUACCAUCCUCUUGAAGAGCUUAAAGCUUGCAAGAGAACCCGUGAGACUAAACUUACUUCAGCCGAAAUUGCAAGGACAACUGUUGAGGCCUGCAGUAGCGCUUUGCUAGUUUUCCCAGGGCCUGUACACUGUGAACCCCAUGAACAAAUAUCAUGGGCAGAGUUCCAGUAUGUUGUGGAUGAUUAUGGAGAUAUAUUUUUUGAAAUUUUCGACGAUGAGAACAUUCUAGAAGAUCGUGGUGCAACUAGCCCCGUGAAUGUAUUCAUUGGAAUGGAUAUACCGGUCUAUGAUAACAGGAAGAUGGCUGAUGAGUACGAUAUGUCAGAUAUUGGUACGACUGAGCUAUCCUAUGAAGAAGAUUAUCUUGAGGUAAUGGAAACUGAAGUGUUUGAUAGUGCAGUAGAUUGGGGGAUGCCAGAUCCUUCUAUCUUGGUCCAUCCGGUUUAUUUUGCCAAGUGCUUGACAAAGGCGGUCAAUGCGGAACAUGACAAAAAGAUGGACAAUCCAUCAAAUGGCUUGUCCAUUUUGGGAUGCCUCAGACCUACUUUUUCUGAUGAAGAAUCUUAUCUGAGAAAGCUCUUUCAAAGUGAGGAUGCGGAUAACCACAACUUGGACUGGAAAGAUGCUGAUGUUGUGACCUUGGCUUCAAGCGACAGGAAAGGCUGUAACUCGAUAAUUUAUAGGUUAGAGAUUAUGAGAAUAGAGCUGUUCUCAGUAUAUGGUUCUCAGUGCGAAAUUCAUUUGCAAGAUUUUCUAGAUGCUGAGCCCGAUAUCCUUGUACACUCCACAUCAGCAAUUCUAGACCACUUUAGCGAGAAAGGAAUUAGGUGCAAUGUUGCCCUGAAAGCUCUCUGCAAAAGGAAGGGGCUUCAUGUGGAGGGAGCUAAUCUAAUUGGAGUUGACAGUCUGGGCAUGGAUGUCAGAGUUUAUUCUGGAGCCGAAGUACGAACGCACCGUUUUCCUUUCAAAACUCAGGCCACAUCGGAAGCUGCAGCAGAAAAGCAGAUUCAGCAACUAUUAUUCCCGAGGUCACGGAGGAAAAAGUUGAGAACUCAUGGUGAUGGAUACAGAAAUCCCGACCCUUACUAGCUCUACCGAUUUUCUCUGUGAUAGGACCCGAAUUUUCGGAGUAAUAAUUAGGAAUAAGUCAGCCAUAAGGUAGGCUUUGAUUUUGUUAUUGAUAUUUUUGGCGAUGGGUAACGUUUUUUUCUGUUUAAUUGUUGUGCAAUAGUUCAAUAAGUAUAGGGAGAAUGUAGGAGAAGAUUUGAGUAGUCCUGGUAGUCAUCUCCUAUCUUGUACUAAGGGAUGCAAAAUUCGAGAACUGCUGGAGAUUUGUUAAAGUGAUCAUCGAAAUCAAAGUUAAUGGCUUCAGCCUUGCGCGAGCUUUA